AUUGAUUUUUAAUGAUUCCUUUGAACAUUCUUCGAGCACGAUUUAAGCAAUUAUUGAAGAUAAAGUUUUAUUAGGUUGAAAAUGCAUUUCAAAAUUUGCUUACUGUUAUUUUCAUUUUAUUUUCUUACUGAAGUAUCGGCGAGCCAAGUAGAGUAUCUUGAAGAGCUCAAUGAAAGUUUUAAUUCGUUAAAUAAUCAUACUAAACAAGAUGAAAUCGAAGAUUUACUGAAUGAGUGGGGAAUUCAAGAAAGUUUCAAUUUUGAAAAUGAAGAUGACAAUAACGAAAAAAUUAAACUUUUAAUCAACAUAACAAAACAUUUUAAAAAUGUACUAAUAUCCGAGGAUAUUAAUUCAACAAUACUUGAACAAAUUAUCGAAAAUGGUUUCAAUUUUAGUCACGAUGGUUUAUUACUUCCAGAAGAUAUGGAUAGACUUUAUGAGACUCUUCAAUUAAAUAAUAAAGAAAAAUUUGUUAAUAAAGUAAAUAAAAUUUUCAAUGAUCCAAAUUCUGGUGCUGCUUAUAUUACUCUACCAAAAUUAAUUGAAAUUAUAUUGACCAAUGAUAAUGACCAAUAAUAUGACUGUGAAAAUAUAUAUGUUAUUGGUAAAUAAUACAUUUAUUCAUUUUUCAAGUUCAGUGUUUAACGUAAGUUUUUUGAAAUUGGAUAGUUUAGAUGAGUACAUAUUAUAAAAGUAAAUAUUUUUAAAAUAAUGUAUUUAUAUAAAUGUACUAUUUAUAAUUCAUUUAAUAUUGAUAAUUUUAAAAGAAAAAUCGUUUUAAUAAUAUUUCUUUAAUACUUCGCCCACAAUAAUGUUAUAAGGUCAUUUAUAAAUAAAAUGCUGCCGUAGCCUGAAAAUUAGGCUAAGUUAAGUCUAUUUGAAUA